GAACACAGCUCUAGGUGCCCAGUUUUUAUACCUUUCUGGACAAAAGCCUCAAAAGAGAAUGCAGAACUGAUUGGAUCAGCCUCUGCCAUUAUGCCUACAAUUGUCCCCAAGAGCAAAGCCCCCAAGGUUGACUUCUGUGGGGUGGAUGAAUACUACUACAUCAUCCGGGCUGACCUCAACGUCUACAUGCGCUCCACCAAUUUCAAUAAGGGGAAGGACCUGUCGGUCUUCAACAUACACCAGGCUUGUCAGGACGGUGAUCACUACCUGGCCCAUGAAGAUGACUUCUUCUACGUCAUCAAGGGUAACUUUUUCCGCCGCGUAUCCAACCUGAACAAAGACUCAGGAGCUAUCGUGCAGCCACUCCAUCCCAACUGUUGUGGUGGCGAUCACUACCUCUCUGCCUUUGGGCACUUCUAUAUAAUCUACCAGAGUAAGAAAACCUACCGGAAAGUCACAAAUCUGUCCACAGACGGCGAUGCGGUUGAAUAUACUCUGCACCCAAACUGCAGGAAUGGCCUCUACUACUGGGGAAUAAAAAAUUAUUACUAUUUUGUGGUGCCACAUGACAAAUGGGGCAUCCAGUACUUCCGCUGCACCGACUUUGCCCACAAUGAGAAUUCUGAAACCUUCUCUUUCCACAAUGAUGUGAUCCCCUUCCUUCCUGGUGGGCUGAGUAUUACUCAUGGCCCAGCUUAUGGAAGAUGGGAGGCCAUCAAGACCCUCAACAAUGAUUCCAAGACGCCCAUUACUUUGAAAAAGAGUAUCUCAAAGAAGGUGGGAUACAGCAAGGAGAAGAUGCAGAGUGUGGAAAACAGCUGGAAUAUCUCCAUGUCCUACACCUAUCAAACAGGAACCCUCAUGGAAGCUCUGUGCAAGCAACAGCUUUCCCUGUCAGCUGAAUAUGGUGGUAAGAGUGUCAAUGCGACAAAAGAGAAUUGGGAGGAAGCCACUGAGAUGACCGAGGAGAUUGAGCUGACCUUGCAACCUGGAGAAAAAGUUUACAUCUGGCAGUAUAAGCUUGGUCUGGGCAAGGAUGAUAUUCUCUUUUGCCGUGACAUGAAAUUUGAUGAUGAUGCUAAUCCACCCACUGAAAUCCCACUGCCUCCAGCCAGAGAGUAGCUGUAAGAAGAUCGUCUAAAUGAGAAAGUCCUUCUUCGGCAUACUUUGGUCACAUCCACACCAUACAUUUAAAGCAUGCCACUUUAACAGUCAUGGCUCCACUCCCCCCCCCCCAAAAAAAGACCCAUGAGACCUCUAGUUUCGUUAAGGGGGGUGAGAUCUUUUAGGAGACUUCUCACAGAGCUAAACUUCCCAGCACCCUUAACACACUACAGUUCCCAGGAUUCUUUGAGGGAAACCAUGAGAGUUAUAGUGUGGAUGUGACCUCAGUGUGCCACUCAUCAGCUCAUCCCUCGCUGUUCUCAAUAUUCAUUGCUUUUAUUAUUCUGCUAUUAAUCCUCUCACCCAUUGGUACCAAAUCCUCUAAUUCCAUCACAUACCUUAUUGUUAGGCCCAUUAAUUUCAACGAAAUAGAAGAUGCAUGCUUAUUAUAUCUGUAUAUUAUAGCUACAGUUUAAUCAGGCAGGUUAAAGAAUAGUAGUGGGCUAGUUUUCCACCCUCCCAAUAGAUGUUUAUAUAGGUGGUGGGUGAUGAGAAGCCUAUUUUGGAUUAGUGGUAGUAAUCUUUGAGUCACAAUAACUUGCAGACUGUCUCUAAUUUUGGGUUGUGUUCAAUCACAUAGUAACAGAUUCAUGCUGCACAGUUCAAAUUAACUUGAGCCUUUUGUCCAGCAUUCCCCCCAAAAUCAGACUUUUUGUGAAAAGGAUAGUGAUAGGAAUAAUGCACUGGAAAGUGUGGGGUAGCAUUUGCUUGAUGCAACAUCAUCUAACCUCCCUGAAAAUAAUCAGAAGGAAUGCUCAGUAAACAGCCAUCAUCAUCUAAUCUCCCUGCAAAACACACACCAGGAUUACUGCUCAAUAAAAAAAAGUUAUCUGUAAGUGACCAUAGUUAUUCUGCAUUAAUUUAGAACACAGGGGUAUGUGGUGAAAAUGCCAAAGAACUAGCACCCUUAAAAUGAGCAUGACAGACUUUAAUCAUUUAUUUGUACUCACUUUGUUUAUUCUCACAUUUUCUUUAGCUUUUAUAUUUCUUGUUGUAUUUUUAAUGAGAUUUUACUCAGUGUCCACAGAUAUUUUUUUCACCAUUUACUCAGUCGUUCCACACCAUCAACUCAAGCAGCAGCACACCUUCUGCAGAGGCCAAAUAAUGAAACAGCAUUUUCUCUGUGUUUUCAUUCUUGCAUUUCUAUCCUGCCUUUCCUCCAAGGUGGCACUGGCAUACACGUUUUCCCCCCUCUCCAUUUAUCCUCGCUACAACCUUGUGAGGUAGCUUAGGCUGAAAGGCACUGACUGGCCCAAGGUCAUGCCGUGAGCUUCUUGGCCAAGUGGGAAUUUGAACCCUGGUCUCCCAGGUCAUAGUACAACACCCUAACCAGUUUGCCACACUGUGUACUCAGAUUUCACUUAGAUUACAUUACAUUUUUACAUAUCCUUCUAAAAUCACUCAAGGAAGAACAAAUAAAUCAUCUUCCAGAAUCAUUUAUACAAACAAACAAAUAAAUGUUAGAAAUAGAAUGUGGUUUCUGUAGUCCUUUUAAUACUUGGCCACUAGGGAAAAAAUCCAGAAUUUCUUUCUCUUUCUUUGAUGCAUGGACUCUUUUUUUUAUUUUGCUUCUAUGGUGAUUAUAAGACAUGCAGAAUGAAAUCACUGGGUAUCUCAGUUUUUUACCUGAAUAGAUGCCGAGUGUAAUCUGUUCUGCUUCUACUGCAUGAUGAUAAUAAAACUUCAUGAACAGCA